UAAAAAAAACCAAUAUAAGAGAAAGUCCAUAACAAGUAGAAGGGUUUCCGUCUGAUCGAGUGUGGUUGUGGGGUUUUAGGGCGCAAUCUUCUUUAGCUAGCACGCAGAGCAGACGCAACCUUCCUCACCUCUCUUCCAUUCACGAUGGCCGACGAUGACUACGAAGAUAUCGACAUGGGAUACGAAGAGGAGCCAGCGGAGCCUGAAAUCGAGGAAGGCGCAGAGGAGGAGGAUCCAGAUAACAAAAACGAUGACAUAGAUGGUUUAGGAGAACCGAUUGAAACUGAGGAAAAGGAAGAUGAUCAACCUGUUGAGCGUCCUCGAAGAACUUCCAAAUAUAUGACUAAGUAUGAGCGUGCUAGGAUUCUCGGUACUCGCGCUCUUCAAAUCAGUAUGAACGCACCUGUCAUGGUCGAGUUGGAGGGGGAGACUGACCCACUUGAGAUUGCUAUGAAGGAGCUAAGAGAGCGGAAAAUUCCUUUUACCAUCCGCCGCUACUUGCCUGAUGGAAGCUAUGAAGAUUGGGGAGUUGAUGAACUGAUUGUGGAAGACUCCUGGAAAAGGCAAGUUGGUGGGGAUUGAUGGCUUGAACUGCCAGAGGUGUUUAUCCUAGAUUUGUGUAAAGUGAACACUGAUCUAUGGUCCUACCGUAAAACUGGCUUAUCCUAUAUGUCUUGGCUGUGUAUCUAUGUUUGUCUCGUUCCUUUUACUUUAACCCGGUAUUAUUUUUGUGUCUGCUUGUCUGUAUAUGAUACUCAAUCUCUAGGCUUUUAACAGUAUAUGCCGGUGAUUGAACUUUGAAGUGAUAUUUAGAUGGGUUUUUGAA